UUCUGCACGCGUACGCAUGCGUAUGUCAGUAACAAAACAUGUGUUUGAUAAUUUCAUUUUAAAAUAUCACUAUAUGCAUAGGAAUGUCAAAUGAUGCAUGUAUAGUAUAUGUAAUAUAACCUGUAGCAAGCAUGGGGAAAUUAAAUGUGACAAUUUUGCGCUAUUUAACACGGGAUGAUUUUCGUGUUUUAACAGCGAUUGAGAUGGGAAUGAAAAAUCAUGAACUUGUUCCUGCUUCGCUUGCUGCCCAGAUAGCAAACUUACGUUAUGGUGGUGUUCACAAGCUAAUGAAGGAAUUAUGCAAACAUAGACUUCUCAGUUAUGAACGAGGAAAACACUAUGAUGGUUAUCGCUUGACGAAUGCUGGAUACGAUUACUUAGCAUUAAAGGUAUUAGCUCAAAGAGGUACUGUCACUUCCUUUGGAAAUCAAAUUGGAGUGGGCAAGGAAUCUAACAUUUAUAUAGUUGCCGACGAAGAAGGAAAUCCAGUAUGCUUAAAAUUGCACAGGCUAGGUAGGACAUGCUUUAGAAAUAUCAAAGAGAAAAGAGAUUAUCAUAAACACAGAAAAUCGGCAUCGUGGCUAUACCUAUCACGAAUAUCUGCAACCAGAGAAUUUGCAUACAUGAAAGCUCUUUACGACAGAGGAUUUCCAAUACCGAAACCAAUUGAUCUCAAUAGACAUUGUGUCGUGAUGGAGCUGGUUGAAGGUGGACCUCUUUGCGGUGUGUACGAAAUGGACGAUGUCGAAUCGCUUUACGAUGAAUUAAUGAAUUUGAUCGUAAAGCUUGGUAAUCACGGAGUUAUUCAUGGAGAUUUCAAUGAAUUUAACAUCAUGAUAACGACUGACGGAAAACCAAUCCUUAUCGAUUUUCCGCAGAUGGUUUCUACCGAACACGUGGAUGCUAAAAUAUAUUUCGAAAGAGACGUGAAUUGUGUUCGCGACUUUUUCAAAAGACGUUUCGGUUACGAAAGCGAAUUGUAUCCAACGUUUGAUGAUAUUUCGAGAGAAGAUUGCAUUGAUGUGGAAAUUAAAGCCAGUGGGCUUACAAAGCAGAUGGAAAGAGAUCUUUUAAAAGAAAUGGGUAUGGCCGAAUUCGAAGAUGAGGAGGUCGAAGAAGAAUGCGAAGAAAUUAUUGACGAGGGAAAGGAAAGUAUGGAUAAAAAUGAAAUAGAUUAUUUGCAACUUCAAGUCGAAAACUCUGUAAGGUAUGAAUUCCCAUGCACGUCAGAGGAAGUAUCGGUUAACGCAGAGACACACGAAGGUAGGAAUAUAGUAUCCGCACCUUGCCCACCGAUUUGUUCGAUUCUGAGAAUUGCUUUUAUUGCAGCAACGUUCGGUUCGGAAGAUGAUCAUGACCAAGCAGAAGAAUUUGUUGAUUCAAGAAGCGUGUACAGUACUACUACAGCAGCUACUAUUGCUCCAGAAGUUAUUAAGGAGAAGGUGAAGCAAUCGUUGCAAAAACGAGAAAAGAGAGAAAAAUCCAAAAGAGUUCUUGUCAAAGGAGAAGCAAAUGCAGUAACCAGAGUAAGGAGAGAGAACAGAGACACGAUUAAACAAUCGACAGGAUUAUGGGGUUGGGAAUGAACCGCGAGAGUACUUAUAAAUUAUUUAUAAUAAAAAAAAAUAAAUAAAAAUAAUAAUAUUUGAUUCA